CCGUUCACCAACGCCGUGCGCCCGAUCGAGCCGGGCACAAGUUGUUGGAUCCCGUGCGGUCAGGCCGCUCCUUCCUUCCUUCGCUUCUGCUAGAGCUCGCCUCUCGCUCCCGUCGCUGUCGCGUCGCGCACGGUACCCGGCUACCCCCUACCCGCCCUAGCUUCGCUUCAAAUGGUGGUGGCGGCGGCGGGCGCGGGCUGCGCACUUGGCGUGCGCGUGAGGAAGUGAGUGAGUUCACCGGCUAUGUCGGCGCCUGGCGCGGAGGAGGUCGCCGUCGCCGUCAUGGGGUUCCCCGCCGACGCUGGGAACAGCUUCGCGAGCGCGCUCAGGGACGGCGUCCUCGCGGCGGCCCCCGCGAGGACUAUCGGCGACGAAUCGACCGCCUCCGACGACCCCCAGCUCCCGCCGCUGCGGCUGGGCGCCUCCUACUCCGACUUCGGGCGCGCGCUUGGGAGCCCUGCUGGCUCCAGCUCCUCCUCCUCCGACGCCUUCCUCAGCAUGAGCUCCACGCCUUCAGUGCUGCUGAAUCCGUACGGGGUGUGGUCGCCGCCACGCGCACCAUCGGAGGCGUCGUCCUCGGAGGUGGAGUUCGGCACGGCGCGACAGUACGACAACACCGACCUCUUCUUUGGCGAUAAUUGGCUCCGCGACGACCACCUGUUCCACCGCAAGCCGGAGAGUGAUAAGAGCGGCAACGGCGAUGAGGAGGACAAGUUUAUUGUUGGCCCAGACGUCAGCUCGCGGCGGAGCGAAACAUGUGGGUUUGGCGAUGGCAGCAGCCGACGGCACUUACAUAGCAAGGACAGUGCAGACUCUAAAGGGUGCGCAGACGUGUAUAUGUCCUCGUCACCACCCUGCAGUUGCUUCUGCAGGGAACGGAAGAAUGAUCAGGAGUGUGCGACUGACUCUUGGUCUGCUGUGUACGGGAGGUAUCAGAUCAUGGAUGACCUGACAGAGGUGCUGAAUGAGUGCGGUGCAGAUGCUCUUUGGUUCAGGCAUAAUGCAGGUGAGGAUGUUGUUCUCAAGGGCGAUCCAUUAGUGGAUUCCAGGAGUGGAGACGACCAGGAGUUCGAUCUGAGUGCGCUGGAGAAGGAGCUUCAGAUGCUCAGUCCAUACUUGGCUGAAGAUGUUCUUGAGAACCACGAGCUUGAACAUGACUUCAGAGUGAACAAUGACCUAGAUAUUAACAUUGUAACAAAUGAAGAAACUGUCGAUGACAAAGAAUUUCUAAAAAGCAGUUACAGUGUGCAUCCUUUUCCUAAGAUUGCUAAUCCUGAAAAUAUUUAUGAGAUGGAGGACUUUGGAACAGCAGAGGCAGAUGUUCAAAAUACUUCUACUCACAAAAUUGACGAAGGUCCGGAAUCAGAUGCUGAUCUUGCACGCUCUAUUUUUCACCAAGAAUAUGAGGAAUUUGAGCUGAAAAUUUUCCAUCGGAAGAACAGGACUGGCUUUGAGGAAAACAAAGACUUCCCUAUCGUGAUAGAUUCAAUUGUUGCCGGAAGAUAUCGUGUCACUGAAUAUCUUGGUUCGGCUGCAUUCAGCAGGGUUGUACAGGCACAUGAUCUUUGCACCGGAAUGGAUGUCUGCCUUAAAAUAAUAAAAAAUGACAAGGAUUUCUUUGACCAAAGUUUGGAUGAGAUAAAGCUCCUUAAGUUUGUCAAUAAAUACGACCCAGCAGAUGCGCACCAUAUAUUGCGCCUAUAUGAUUUUUUCUACUAUCAGGAACAUCUUUUCAUUGUCACCGAAUUACUACGGGCAAAUCUAUAUGAAUUUCAAAAGUAUAACCAGGAAUCCGGUGACGAGGUCUACUUUUCAUUGCCCAGAAUACAGGCUAUAGCUCGACAGUGCCUAGAAGCUUUGGUGUAUUUACAUCAUUUAAACAUUGUUCACUGUGACCUGAAACCAGAGAAUAUCCUUAUGAAGAGCUACAGCAGAUGUGAGAUUAAGGUUAUUGAUCUUGGAAGCAGUUGCUUCUUGACAGACAAUUUAAGCUUGUACGUUCAGUCACGUUCUUACCGAGCUCCUGAGAUCAUCCUGGGUCUUCCAUAUGAUCAGAAGAUAGACAUUUGGUCUCUUGGCUGCAUCUUCGCUGAGCUGUACACUGGUGAAGUGCUCUUUCCUAAUGAAUUAGUAUCGACGAUUAUUGCUCGGAUAAUUGGAACCAUAGGCCCAAUUGACACGCAGAUGCUUGCGUUGGGACAGGAGACUCAUAAGUACUUUACAGAAGAGUAUGACCUUUUCCACAAGAACGAGGAAACGGGUCAGCUGGAGUAUUUGAUCCCAGAGAAAUCCUCCUUGCGGCGUCACUUGCGAUGCUCUGACUCCAAGUUUGUUGAUUUCCUAUCUUGCCUGCUGCAAAUCAACCCCAGAAAGAGACCAACAGCCAGGGAAGCUUUGCGGCAUCGUUGGUUUUCACAUAAGUACCGUUGAGCUGCUGUUCCAGAUAAUCCUUAACACGGAGACUGAGGGGUCAUUUUCGAAGUUCCUCGGCUCAGAAACACUUAUUUUUCUCAUUUUGUUUUGAGGAACUUUGGCCUUUUGCAGUUGCCAAACUUGAUUUUGUCUUUGUGGUUUUGUUUUCUUCUCAGGCAACCUUUGGCCUGCUUUACGAGGUGAAUACAUACUUGCUCUUGCAUGUAAAUACUAGGAAGGUUCCUAUCUGUAGAGUUGGCAUGACUCGGUAUGCAUUUCUUUGUUUUCUCUGAAACUACUCUGAUGUACUUCAAGUUAACCAUAUAGCAAAUCAAGUUGUGUGUAAGCCAUCCUUAGUUCAUUCAACCUGAUUCAUCAAAAUGUA